AUGGGAGCUGCAACGCCUUGCGCUGCGUGCAAGCUUCUGCGGCGGCGGUGUGCUCAACACUGCGUUUUUGCUCCUUAUUUCCCUGCCCAUCACCCCCAUAAAUGCUCCAGUGUUCACGAGGUGUUUGGAGCUAGUAAUGUCAGCAAAUUGUUGCAGGAGUUGGGAGAGCAUCAACGGAGCGAUGCUGUGAGUUGGAUGGUGUAUGAGGCUAAUGCAAGGAUUCGAGAUCAGGUUAACGGGUGCGUGGGAACGAUAGCGUGUCUGCAGCGGCAAGUGGAUGCGUUGCAACAGAAAUUGGCCAUCACACAAGCCCAGCUACUUCAAUUGAAAAUGGCCCAAUUUUCUUCAGCAAAAUCAUCAUCCGUAGGUAACCUCCUUCUUCCUCCUCUACCCAAUAUCAAUAUCAAUGUGGGCGCAUCCCCAUCCUUAUGGUCUUGCUAG